AUGGACGGGAGCAUCGAGAUGAAGGGGAGCAAGGCAAAGCAGGUCCCUGGAGCAGAACAUUCCAUGGCCCCAGACUGCCCUGCAGGCUCGCCUGGCCGGCUCCAGCGCCAUCUCUGGAGCGGCGAAUUUGAUCAGCUGCGGGACUUCACUAUCUUUGAGAGCAACUUCGUGCAGGUGACCCGGUUAGGAGAAGUUGCCAAUAAGGUGAUCAUGGGAGUGGCAGCCUCCAGUCCAGCCCUGGAUCUGCCGGAUCUCUUGCUGCUCGCAGGCCCUGCCAAGAACCGCGGCAGCCUGCAGCUCUUUGGGCUCUUCCCCUUGCAGUCGGUGCAGCUCUUCGUGCACAGCCAGUGUCGCUGUCAGCUCAAGGUCAAGUUCCCCACGGGCCGCACCUUCUACCUGCAGCUGCGGGCCUCGCCCGAGACCCGGGAGCACGAGUUCAGCCGCUGGGUGCGCCUCCUCUACCGCCUGCGCUUCCCCCGGGCUCCGGGCGCAGAGCCCUUUGCACAGGACAGCUCCCUGGAAAAGGAGGCCGCUGUGCGCGGGAAGGGCGAGGAGGUGAAGGGGGGACCGGACGGGAAGUUCAGCCGGCUGGACCCACAGAUCUCAGAAGUCUGGGGGAUUAACUCCCCCACCAACUUUUGA